UUGAAUGUAGCUAUGGCGGAGGCGUGGCGGAGUGGAGGCAGCGCCGUGGCGGCGGCGGCGAUCGCGAGAUCUGGCGCCGCCGCGAGGCAGUCGCUGCUGGCGGCCGAUCCGCCGUCGAUGAAGAAGCAGCAGGCGCCGCAGCACAACCCCCAGGGCUACAUUGCUCGCGUUCUUCACGCGUUCCAGUCGCUGCCAGGGUUUUUGUCGAGGAUCGUGUCCAGGGAGGGCGAGAGCUCUUCCUCGGAGUCGGAGGGAUCGCUAGGUGCGAGGGUUUUGGCACGGCGGGGCUGGAUCGCCGUGGCCGUGUCCUUGGCUCUUCUCGGGCUCUUGUUCUUUUGCUUGCCUCUUGCGUGGGACCAUUUGAAUCGUCCAUAUCUCUGUCGGAAGGAUGGUGUGAUGCUGCAUUGUCCACCGGUUUCGGACACGCCUUCUUUGUGGCACAAUCCAAAAUCUGCAACUAAGUCGUGGCGACCUUGCGCCGAGGAGCGAGCUUCUAACCACAUUGUGCCUCUAGCGGAGGAUGAAACAAAUGGUUACCUCGGCAUCCAUGCCGAAGGAGGACUAAAUCAACAGCGCAUUGCGAUUUGCAAUGCUGUUGCUGUUGCAAGGAUCAUGAACGUGACGCUCAUCAUCCCGUUGAUGAAGCAGGACCAGAUAUGGAAAGACAAAACGCGGUUUGAGGACGUCUUUGACGUGGAUCAUUUUAUAGAGUCCCUCAAAGAUGAUGUGCGGAUUGUGAAAGACAUACCGUCGUGGUUGCCGGAUAAAGGCGAUUUGUAUACUAGCCUCAAGAGGACUGUUAAGAACAUCCCCAAAUAUGCAUCGGCACAGUGGUAUUUGGACAACGUUUUGCCUCGUAUCAAAGAGAAAAGAGUGAUGGCUCUAAAGCCUUUUGUCGACAGGCUUGGGUAUGAUAAUGUGCCAGCUGAAAUCAACAAGCUGAGAUGCAGGGUCAACUACCACGCUUUGAAGUUUUUGCCUCAUAUAGAAGAAAUGGCGGAUGUCCUAGUUUCCAGGAUGAGAAACAGAACGGGCUUAUUGAAGCCGUAUAUGGCCUUACACUUGCGAUUCGAGAAGGGAAUGGUCGGACUUUCAUUUUGUGAUUUUGUUGGUAACCGCGAAGAAAAAGCAAUGAUGGCUGCUUACAGGAAGAAAGAAUGGCCUCGCAGGUUCAAGAACGGGUCACAUUUGUGGCGUCAAGCUCUACUGAAAAGAAAAGAGGGAAGGUGUCCACUCGAGCCCGCAGAAGUUGGCGUGGUUCUCAUGGCCAAGGGGUAUCCAAAGGAGACGCAGAUUUACGUCGCGUCGGGCCAAGUUUACGGCGGUGAGAAUCGCAUGUCCCCGCUACGAAACAUGUUCCCAAACUUGGUGAGAAAAGACGAUCUAGCAACGAAAGAGGAACUCAAGCCAUUCAGACAGCACGUCACCAGCCUCGCUGCUCUCGACUUCCUGGUGUGCGUCAAGUCCGAUGUCUUCGUGAUGACGCACGGUGGAAACUUUGCCAAGCUCGUCAUUGGUACCAGGAGAUACAUGGGACACGAGCUCAAGUCCAUCAAACCGGACAAGAGCCUCAUGGCCAAGGCGCUGGGCGAUCCCACGCUGGGAUGGCCGGCCUUCGUGGACCAGGUUGCCUCCACUCACGAGUUCCGGACGGGUUUACCCGAGCCGACGUUUCCAGGAUUUGAUAUCUACGAGAACCCGCUAAGCCACUGUAUGUGUAGAGCUUGAUCAAGGAAUAUCAAUCGCAUUGUCUAUGA